GGCAGGAGGCCCCUCGUCAUUUCCGCCAGGCAGCUCGUCGUGUCGGGGGCUUCACUCCCGCGCGCGAGGCGAGCGGGCAAGUUGGCUGCGGACGUGCGGCAGCGGUUCCUUCCCUCAACCCCGCGACUCUUGGCAGCGCAAACCAUGAACUGAAGCCCCGCCGGGACGGAGACCGGAGCGGAGCGGCGGAAGCGGCAGCUACGGCAGCCGCCUCAGCUGGGACUGAGCAGACCCGGCGCGGAGCCGCCACCCCGGCGCGUUUUCCUCCCAGUUGCCGGCUAAGAGAAAUUGCAGCCUCCAGACCCGACACACAAAAGCCGCUUUCUUCGUGCCACUGACACUGGGAGGCUGCGGCGGACCCCACCUGAGGGCGGCUCAGGUUGCUGACUUCGUUUUGUCCCUGAGCUUCGCGCCCCACGCGGAACCAACCCUGUGCCCAUGGCUCUGAUAAUGGAACCUGUGAGCAAAUGGUCUCCGAGUCAAGUAGUGGACUGGAUGAAAGGUCUUGAUGACUGUUUGCAGCAGUAUAUUAAGAACUUUGAGAGGGAGAAAAUCAGUGGGGACCAGCUGCUACGCAUUACACAUCAGGAGCUAGAAGAUCUGGGAGUCAGCCGCAUUGGCCAUCAGGAACUGAUCUUGGAAGCAGUUGACCUUUUGUGUGCACUGAAUUAUGGCUUGGAAACAGAAAAUCUAAAAACCCUUUCUCACAAGUUGAAUGCAUCUGCCAAAAAUCUACAGAACUUUAUAACAGGAAGGAGAAGGAGUGGUCAUUAUGAUGGAAGGACCAGCCGAAAAUUGCCAAAUGACUUUCUGACCUCUGUUGUGGAUCUGAUUGGAGCAGCCAAGAGUCUGCUUGCCUGGUUGGACAGGUCACCAUUUGCUGCUGUGACAGACUAUUCAGUUACAAGGAACAAUGUCAUACAGCUCUGCUUGGAAUUAACAACAAUUGUGCAACAGGAUUGUACUGUAUAUGAAACAGAGAAUAAAAUUCUUCAUGUGUGUAAAACUCUUUCUGGAGUCUGUGACCACAUCAUCUCCCUAUCAUCUGAUCCUCUAGUUUCACAGUCUGCUCACCUGGAAGUGAUUCAGCUGGCAAACAUCAAACCAAGUGAAGGGCUGGGUAUGUAUAUUAAAUCAACAUAUGAUGGCCUCCAUGUAAUUACUGGAACCACGGAAAAUUCACCGGCAGAUCGGUGUAAGAAAAUCCAUGCUGGCGAUGAAGUGAUUCAAGUUAAUCAUCAGACUGUGGUGGGGUGGCAGUUGAAAAAUUUGGUGAAUGCACUACGAGAGGACCCGAGUGGUGUUAUCUUAACUUUGAAAAAGCGACCUCAGAGCAUGCUUACCUCAGCACCAGCUUUACUGAAAAAUAUGAGAUGGAAGCCCCUUGCUCUGCAGCCUCUUAUACCUAGAAGUCCCACAAGCAGUGUUGCCACGCCUUCCAGCACCAUCAGUACCCCCACCAAGAGAGACAGUUCUGCCCUCCAGGAUCUCUACAUUCCCCCUCCACCUGCAGAACCAUAUAUUCCCAGGGAUGAAAAAGGAAACCUUCCUUGUGAAGAUCUCAGAGGACAUAUGGUGGGCAAGCCAGUGCAUAAAGGAUCUGAAUCACCAAAUUCAUUUCUGGAUCAGGAAUACCGAAAGAGGUUUAACAUUGUUGAAGAAGAUACUGUCUUGUAUUGCUAUGAAUAUGAAAAAGGAAGAUCAAGUAGUCAAGGAAGACGAGAAAGCACUCCAACUUAUGGCAAGCUACGACCUAUAUCUAUGCCAGUGGAAUAUAAUUGGGUGGGGGACUAUGAAGAUCCAAAUAAGAUGAAGAGAGAUAGUAGAAGAGAAAACUCUCUACUUCGAUACAUGAGCAAUGAAAAAAUUGCUCAAGAAGAAUACAUGUUUCAGAGAAACAGCAAAAAAGAUACAGGGAAGAAGUCAAAAAAGAAGGGUGAUAAGAGCAGUAGCCCAACUCACUAUUCGUUGCUACCUAGUUUACAAAUGGAUGCAUUAAGACAAGACAUCAUGGGCACACCUGUGCCAGAGACCACACUGUACCAUACAUUUCAGCAGUCCUCUCUGCAGCACAAAUCAAAGAAGAAAAACAAAGGUCCUAUAGCAGGCAAGAGCAAAAGACGGAUUUCUUGCAAGGAUCUGGGUCGUGGUGACUGUGAGGGCUGGCUUUGGAAAAAGAAAGAUGCAAAGAGUUAUUUUUCACAGAAAUGGAAGAAAUAUUGGUUUGUCCUCAAGGAUGCAUCCCUAUACUGGUAUAUUAAUGAAGAGGAUGAAAAAGCAGAAGGAUUCAUCAGUCUGCCUGAAUUUAAAAUUGAUAGAGCCAGUGAAUGUCGCAAGAAAUAUGCAUUCAAAGCCUGUCAUCCUAAAAUCAAAAGCUUUUAUUUUGCUGCUGAACAUCUUGAUGAUAUGAACAGGUGGCUUAACAGAAUUAAUAUGCUGACUGCAGGAUAUGCAGAAAGAGAGAGGAUUAAGCAAGAACAAGAUUACUGGAGUGAGAGUGACAAGGAAGAAGCAGAUACUCCAUCAACACCAAAACAAGACAGUCCUCCACCACCCUAUGACACAUACCCACGGCCUCCUUCUAUGAGUUGUGCCAGUCCUUAUGUGGAAGCAAAACACAGCCGGCUUUCCUCCACGGAGACCUCUCAGUCUCAGUCUUCUCAUGAGGAGUUUCGCCAGGAGGUAACUGGGAGCAGUGCAGUGUCCCCCAUUCGCAAGACAGCCAGUCAGCGCCGCUCCUGGCAGGAUUUAAUUGAGACACCACUAACAAGUUCAGGCUUACACUAUCUUCAGACUCUGCCCCUGGAGGAUUCUGUCUUCUCUGAUUCUGCAGCCAUCUCCCCUGAGCACAGGCGGCAAUCCACCCUUCCAACUCAGAAGUGCCACCUACAGGAUCACUAUGGGCCAUACCCCUUGGCCGAGAGUGAGAGGAUGCAAGUGCUAAAUGGCAAUGGGGGCAAGCCUCGAAGUUUUACUCUGCCUCGAGAUAGUGGGUUCAACCACUGCUGUCUGAAUGCUCCGGUUAGUGCCUGUGACACACAGGAUGAUGUGCAACCCCCAGAGGUGGAGGAAGAGGAGGAAGAAGAGGAGGAAGAAGGGGAAGCAGCAGGGGAAAACAUAGGAGAAAAAAGCUAAUACACUGCGAGAGUUGGUAGAACCUCUCCAUGCCAAAUCGGAUCCACUUCUGUUGGCACUCAACCCAUUGGACUCACAGAUUGAUAAGCUAAUGUUUAGAGAAUUUAGAUCGGAGAGAGUCGGCACGGCGCAGACUCAACAUCAACCUCUUGCAAGCAACUAAAAUGGCCUCAUCCUUGCUGUUUAUAACAGAAAACAGACUUGUAAAAAGCUUAGAUCAUCAAGUGUUUUUGGAUUGGGGGCCUUUCUACAGGGAUAUUAAGAGGGGCAGGCCACUCUUAAGAAGAAUUCGAGCUAUCUACAGUGGGACUAGCAUAAGAUCAAAGCCAAUCAAGAUGGAGCACAGUAAGAGAAAACUGCCCUUUCUGUGGGAGAACAGAAGGGGAAAGGGUCUUGACUGGGGAAGGGCUCUGUGUGGUGACACCUCAGUUGUAUUCUCCUGACACCAGGAAAUGAGAGGGAUCAGCUCCAAUAACUAGAAAAUCCUGGCUGUUUAAUGGACUCUUCGGUGGCUUCUUUAAGGCAAAGCAGAGGAAACAAAUUCUGUAUUAAGUGUAUUUUGCAUUUUUAAAACUUGACGUGCUGUAUUGUACUAAAUUAAGUGUAAUCUAUUAAGGCAAGGUAUACACAACUUGCUCUGAAACUUAAUAUGUUUAUUCUAUUAUAAAAUGUAUUCAGGUGCAACACAGAGACUGCUUUUAGUGACACUAAUGAAGGAAAUUACUUAUACAAGGCUUUAUUAGACUCCUCAGCUAAAAUCCUAACUUUCUCCUUAUUUCUUGGCACUUGUAUACAAGUGGUAUUGCCUCUUAGGACAGGCAUGAGCUAUUCUAUUCUGUAAAAUAUUCCAAAUCUAUAGGCUGUGGUUUUCAUUUUUGAAAAGUAUUUUGUCUGGAUGUCUUUCAAACUAGCUUCAGAUAUUAUUUCAUAUAAUGUAACUGGGACCCCUAUGGCUCAAUAGUGCUUAUUUUUCUUGUGGUGAAUGUGAAAUUUACUUUAGUUGGAUAGAUACACUGUAAUGAUUUCAAUGCUAAUUAAUGGAUAAUUCAUACUGUGCAAUGAACAGAAAUUUAACAUUGUAUUUUGAAAUGUUUUUUUUUUCUUCCUGUUGCUACAGUGUGUGGUAUUGCAUAAUGUGAAUACCUGUAAAAAUAUAAAUUACUUAAAAAUAAAAAUAUGACCAGUUGGUAUCAGAUAUCUUUUUAGAUAGCUAAAUAAUUUGCUAAGUAUGCUUGAUAGUAAAUAUCUUUCUAAAAAGAAGUAAUCUAUGCUUCUUUCUCACAAAUGGAAUUUGUGUUGUGAAUAAAAUCACAUUGAUCUGCCUUACAAUUGCCUCUGUGCUCUAACCAUUUUAACGUGUUUUUAAAAAAGAUGGUUCUGGUAUGUAGAAUUCCAUCAAAAAGCAUUUUAUUGGCAUUUAAUAUUAAUGGAAUUGUUUUGGGUCAUUUUCCCUGUUUAAGUCAUAGUAAAAUUUUAUGAUCUGAAGAAUUUUAGUUUUUUCUCAUUAAGGAAUUUGGUGACUUUACCUUAAUUUUCAAAUAUAAUCAUCCCUUAGCUUGAGUUUUUAACUGUCCCAAUUAUGAAUUCCUGCCUAAGAGUGAGGCACCUUGACCUCCAUGUCUAUUGUUUAAAUUUUCUAAAUUCUGUGGAUAAAUCUAGACUGCCAUUUAUGCUUAUGAUUGUCCUUCAAAGAAUCUUCCCUUCUUUGGGUCAAUAAAUCAAUACUAAAGAUAUCAUGGUUUUGCCAUCUGAACUAUUUGUCAUAAAAUCUAUUGUAAUACCCUAAAAAUUUGACCAAGACAUAUUUGUUAUUAAACCACAGAAUUUGGCAGAAAUUCAGAGAAAGAAGUGUAGAAUAUAAUCUAGCUCUGAUUGUUUCCUCACAUCUGUAUGGAAGUAAUCUUUAGUGAUACACCAGAAUUGACAGACAUGAACACAGGCCAUACUUGAUUUUUGUGAAAUGUAUUAUCAUUCUUACAAGUAUGGUCUGUACCCAUUCUAAAAAAAAAACACUUAGCAAUGUUGGUAGAGUCACUCAAACUGUCCUUUUAAAAGAAGGGAUUUUUCACUAAAAUCAGUUUUUCCAUCAGAGAAAUUGUUACCAAAUAGUAAUGGUUUGGUAUUGUUAUUUUGCCUAAAAGAAAAUAAAUACAUGACUUCUAAUUGUGAAAUGGGUAAUUGAUUACAGAGGGAGAACUAAAAGCUAGAUUUUAAAAUCUUACACUUUUUUUCAGAUAUAACAAAUUGCCCUCCCUUCUCCAUGGUUAUACAGUGCUAGGCAUAGCUAGUUGAAUUAUAUAAAAGCAUGAAUUAAGAGAGCUAGCAUUUAGUUAUACAACAAUUCAAAUUACAGUGUAAACCCUUCAAUAGUUAAUCAUCUUCAUCAUAAAACCUACAAAGACAUUAAAUCCAUUUAAAUUUUAAUUGUCACCUUACACAUAAAUAAGUUAUUCUUUGUAGCAUGCUACUGAAUUAAUAUCCAUAUAAAAUAUUCCUGUGGUCUCAAUGCAAAUGCUAAUCGCCCUUUGUGACAAGAAUAGUGUUCUGCAUACUUGAUAUCAUUAGCCUGGAAGACUUAAAGUACUCUGUGGUUACAACCACAGAGUUGUAACAAAUGCCUCUCAGAUUUGACUGGUGACUAAUACUACUAUGUCCAGCCUUCUCUCCCAUUUGUGAUUUAACCUUUCCCAACCUUCUGUGCUCAUUACACAGCUGUGUUGUAGAAAAAAAAAACUGUUUUCCACGAGGACAUCAUUGUCCAAUUUUAAAAGAGCACAAUUCCCUUCUGAAUCAUAUACUAGAAACCAUUAACCAUUGUUGGUUUAGUUCCUCAAGAGCCCAAUUAGUAUGCUUAUGGUUUCAUUUUCAUAUUUUACUCUCCUUCAACAUUGCCAUUGCAGGGGCAGGGAAAUUGAGAGGAUACCAGAGUGAAAUUUUGGGUCACUAAAGUUUUAUUUUUAUUUCUCUCUCCUUAAUUUUCACCAGAGAAACAGGAACAAUAUUACACAAUAGGCCUUCCUAAUAAUUACAUAGUGACCAAAUAGGCUACAUUCUUUGGAGUACUUUGUAUAUAAAGAAAACCAUCACUCCAUUUGAAUUUGUUUAGUGCACAAAGCACUGUGCCAGAUAGAGAAUGGGAAGUUAAAACAUGAAUGACACAAAUUUCACUCAUGGGAAAAUCAUACAAAUAUAGGUCUCUGGAAAAGAGUGUUAUACAGGGUUCUAUUGAAGCACAGGAAGAAAAUCUUUGGAAUU